GGGGAAGCUUUCAGCCGCAGUUCUUCCAUUCAAGAUGGUCAUGGUCCUCAUGGACAUCGAUUCUCAUUCCGACCUCUCUCGGUUUGUGAUUCUGCACUAAUAGGGAAUUUGAAGAAGUGGAUCGUUUACAGGACCAGUCGGUAGAUGACCCUAUACAACCUUGGUUGAGUCUCAUCCAGAAGUAUGUACACGAGUUUCGCAAAAGUAAGGGCUCAAAUUUGUCCCAGCUGAUCAAAAUUCUGGAAGAAGCCAUUUCGCGUUUCCAGCAAGUCGAUCGAUACCUCGGUGAUAUCCGGUUUCUGAAGAUAUGGGUCAUAUAUGCUGAUGUGAUUCAGGAUUUCAAAAAGGUUUAUGAGAUGAUGAACAAAAAAGGAAUUGGUAAAGGUCAUUCAUUUCUGUAUGAGGCGUACGCUGUGCAUCUUGAAUUGAUGGGAAGAUGGGAUGAAGCACAUAGCAUUUACAAAUUAGGCAUUUCUUGGAAUGCGAAGCCUCUUGAAAGACUUGAGAAAAUGCACAAGCUGUUCCUCGAACGGGUGGCUGAAGCCAAUAUUUCGUUGGCAAAUGAGGUUGAAGCUGGCAACCUCAUCAAGAAUGGUGGUGUUGAUGGCACUAAUCCGUGGUCUCAAUCAACCAUUGCAGAACUUCUGGAAAAGAAAAAGGAGAAUAUGCAUAACUAUGAGGGUUAUUAUCAUAGUGCGAAAAGCUAUCCAGGAAAAUUACCUUCAUCUUCUGGUAACCUUUCAAGGAAUAUGAUUGUAGAAUUAGGUCGGAAAAAGUACCAGAUCAAAGGUUGUGCUGGCAAGGGUGGAUAUGCUCAGGUCUUCAAAUCUCAUGUUUAUGGCAACCCCGAGGAGACUGUUGCUUUGAAGGUACAAAAACCUGCUUUUCCAUGGGAAUUCUACAUGUACAAACAACUUGACAAGAGAAUCGCAGCCGUGGAAAGAUCAAAUUUUGGCUUUGCCCAAAAGAUUCACAUAUAUGCUGAUUGCAGCAUUCUGGUGUGUGACUAUGUAGAAAAUGGAACGCUUCAGGAUGUCGUAAAUUCUUAUCUGGUUACUGGCCAUGCAAUGGAUGAAGUUACGUGUGUCUAUUACACCAUAGAGAUGUUGCGCAUGAUUGAAACACUGCACAGAGUUGGGAUCAUUCAUGGCGAUUUCAAACCUGAUAAUCUGCUUGUUCGAAAUGCCUGUGAGGUUUUGGAGGUGGAGGAUUUCUUGGAAAGAUCAGGAUCAUGGAAAGAUCAGGGUCUCUGUCUUGUGGACUGGGGAAGGGGAAUCGAUCAGAGGCUGUUUCCUGAUGGGACGGAGUUUGUGGCUGACUGUAGAACAUCUGGUUUUCGCUGCAUUGAAAUGCAAGAAGGCAGGCCUUGGGUGUUUCAGGGAGACGCUUACGGACUUUGUGUUAUUGUGCACAUGAUGCUGCACGGAAAAUACAUGGAAGUUGAGAAGAAGGCAUCCCCGGAUGGCGGCUAUCACUAUCUACCAAGAUCAUCGUUCAAACGGUACUGGAAUGUGGAUCUCUGGAAGAGCUUAUUUUCCGAGUUGCUAAAUAUUGGUUCUUCUGAGGAUACUACAGUUUUACAGAAUGUACGGGAAAAGUUUGAAAAUUAUUUUCGCGAGAAUCCUCAGCUCAUCAAGAAACUAAUACAGCUGCUCGGAAGGCAGAGAACUACACUGUGUUCUUCGAAGUGAAGUGUUUUGUUUUUAUGGACUCUCCCUUGGCACCAGUUAUCCGACCUUUUCUGCUUCCACUGACUUUGUGGCCCUCUUUCCGAAAUAAAUUCGUAACCUGAUAUCUGAUUGUAUUGAUCGCAGCGUGAAUAAAUUGGUUCACUCUGCAUCAACAUGUAAAAGCUCUGAUUGUCGUUGGUGCUUGUGUGUAAAAAAAAUAUAUUGUACCUGUCCUUGUAAUCCUACUUUCUACUGUAUUUGAUGGUCAGUUUCUUCUACCUCCUUUUUCCUUGGUUCCUUCUGUCUGAAACAGUGUAGAGAAUUCCCUUGGUUUUCAAGGACUCUUCUAGUAUGAAUGUCCAAUCCAUUUACUGCAA